UGACGUGGCGCCUCCCCCCCUCCCCGCCAAGCCCCCUCCCCGCUGCUCCGGCCUCUCUUCAUCUGCGUCCGAACCGGCCGGUCGCGCCCAGCCGAGCUCCUGCCCGGACCCCCGCCCCAGCCCCUGCCCCCUCCCCACCCCAGCCCCCCGGCCCAGGCCCCCGCCGGCUCCAUGCGUCGCCUGCUGCCGCUCCUUCUCCUCCCCGGACUCUUCGCCGCCUUCCAGCCCGACUGGAACCAGAUCCGGGGCCUGGCCCGCGGCAGAGUGGAGACCUGUGGAGGAUGACAGCUGAACCGGCUGAAGGAGGUGAAACUUUUCGUCACCCAGGAUGUUCCAUACUAUCACAACCUGGUGCUGAAAUACUUCCCUGGAGCCGACCCUGAGCUGGUCCUGCUGGGAUACCAGUAUGAGGAGCUAGAGAGAAUCCCCCUCCGUGACAUGACCCGGGAGGAGAUCAAUCAGCUGCUGAAGGACCUGGGCUUCUACCGGAAAUCCAGCCCGGAUGCCCCCGUCCCUCCCGAGUUCCAGUACGCCCCCGCCAGGGUCUUGGGAGAGAAGGCACCCACCCCAGCGCCCCACGGGGAUUCAAUCCCCGCGCGCCUGGAACUCUAGGUCUAGAACCACGGCCCCCACCCUAGCCGGCAGCUGUGGUGGAACGGCGUCGCCUGCCAUGCUCCCUAACCUGGAACCGAGGUGCCAGGGCCGUGCCCGCCCCGCAGGGAAGGGCUAGCGCACUGCUGGGUGGGGCCACCCACACACCUCAACUUGCCUGACACCCUAGGGGGCUGGCAGCGCCCCUUAGGCGGGAGGUGGGAGCGGGCAUCUGCUUUGGGUCCAGAGGCGGCAAGUUGGUCUGCAUGGGUGGUCCAGAGACCCUUUCCGCAGCGCUGCGCCCCGAAGUCCGGCCGUCAGGGACAGGAUGAAGCUCUCAGCGCAAAGGGUUCCUCUUGCUGAGGGUGGAUGGAUGCGUCCUUGGGGCCGGGCCGGGGGGUGUGGCAGCUGGGGCUGGGGUCUCCCCCUCUCCCUUACGCAGUAAAAGCCCCCCCAUUCCAACCCGCUA